GCCCGGAAGUAAGCGUGUGGGGACGCCGGCUCGCGGGACGCGCUUCCGGCUGUGGUGCUGAGGCGCAUGCGCGCUGCGGCGGCCAUCAGCUGAUCCAGCGCCUCCUCUGCCGCCGCCGCCGGAGGGAGCGGGGUUUCGCGUGUGCCGGCCGCAGUUGAAGAGGCAAAAUGGAAUUCUCCAAGCUACCCAAAAUCCGUGAUGAGGACAGAGAGGCUUUUGUGGGCUAUGUCCAUGGAGUCUCAGGACCUGUGGUCACAGCGUGCAACAUGGCAGGUGCUGCUAUGUAUGAGCUGGUACGAGUAGGCCACAGUGAACUGGUGGGGGAGAUUAUCCGACUGGAAGGGGAUUUAGCAACGGUGCAGGUGUACGAAGAAACGUCUGGUGUCUCUGUAGGAGACCCUGUACUCCGUACUGGCAAACCCCUGUCAGUGGAACUAGGGCCUGGCAUUAUGGGAGCUAUUUUUGAUGGUAUCCAGAGGCCUCUCUCGGACAUCAGCACUCUGACCAAAAGUAUCUAUAUCCCUAGAGGUGUCAACGUGUCAGCUUUGAGCCGAGAUGUCAAAUGGGACUUCACACCUUCCAAAAAUCUGCGGGUUGGCAGCCACAUCACUGGUGGAGAUAUUUAUGGUGUGGUGAAUGAAAACUCCCUUAUCAAACACAAAAUCAUGCUGCCCCCACGGAACAGGGGUACAGUUACAUACAUUGCUCCACCAGGAAACUAUGACACUUCAGAUGUUGUCUUAGAGUUGGAGUUUGAAGGUGUGAAGGAGAAGUUCACUAUGGUCCAGGUCUGGCCUGUGCGUCAAGUCCGUCCUGUUACUGAGAAGUUACCAGCCAAUCACCCUUUGUUAACUGGCCAACGGGUCCUGGAUGCCCUCUUCCCGUGUGUACAAGGGGGUACAACAGCGAUUCCCGGGGCAUUCGGUUGUGGGAAGACUGUGAUCUCACAGUCUCUCUCAAAGUACUCCAACAGUGAUGUCAUCAUUUAUGUAGGCUGUGGAGAACGAGGAAACGAAAUGUCUGAAGUACUGAGAGAUUUCCCUGAGUUAACAAUGGAAGUUGACGGCAAGGUAGAGAGUAUCAUGAAGAGAACUGCUCUGGUAGCAAACACCUCCAACAUGCCUGUGGCUGCCAGAGAAGCCUCUAUCUAUACUGGAAUCACGCUGUCUGAGUAUUUCCGAGACAUGGGCUACCAUGUCAGUAUGAUGGCAGACUCUACUUCCCGAUGGGCUGAGGCCCUCAGAGAAAUUUCAGGGCGACUGGCUGAAAUGCCAGCUGACAGUGGUUAUCCAGCCUACCUUGGUGCCCGUCUAGCCUCUUUCUAUGAGCGAGCUGGCAGAGUGAAGUGUCUGGGAAAUCCUGAAAGGGAAGGCAGCGUCAGCAUUGUUGGAGCUGUAUCUCCCCCAGGUGGUGACUUCUCUGACCCUGUCACAUCUGCUACACUGGGCAUUGUUCAGGUUUUCUGGGGCCUGGAUAAGAAGCUGGCACAACGCAAGCACUUCCCCUCUGUCAACUGGCUGAUCAGUUACAGCAAAUACACGCGUGCCCUGGACGAGUACUACGACAAGCAUUUUACAGAGUUUGUCCCUCUCAGGACAAAGGCCAAAGAGAUCCUACAGGAGGAAGAGGACCUUGCAGAGAUAGUGCAGCUUGUGGGGAAGGCUUCCUUGGCAGAAACAGAUAAAAUUACCUUGGAGGUUGCCAAGCUGAUAAAAGAUGACUUUUUGCAACAGAAUGGUUAUACGCCUUACGACAGGUUCUGCCCUUUCUAUAAAACAGUGGGAAUGCUUUCCAAUAUGAUUGCGUUUUAUGACAUGGCACGCCGUGCUGUAGAAACCACAGCCCAGAGUGACAAUAAGAUCACGUGGUCCAUCAUCCGAGAGAACAUGAGUGAAAUCCUCUACAGACUUACCUCCAUGAAGUUCAAGGACCCUGUCAAAGAUGGUGAAACAAAAAUCAAGGCGGACUAUGCUCAGCUGUUUGAGGAUAUGCAGAAUGCGUUUCGCAGUCUGGAAGACUAGACUCGACCUCUGUGACCACUCCAGUUUGUCCUCUCAAUUCCUCAUCUCAACUCCUCUGCUUCCCUACCUUACAAGAAUGAUGCAACAGUACUUGAGUUGAUAAAUAGCCCUGUGUUUUCCCUGUUCAUACUCAGAGUGUCCUUACAAAACAUUCCUCUUGGUUUGUGUUUGCUGUUGCUUCAUGUGUCUGAAGUGGUGAGUGAUGUGUGAAUGUGCCUGGCUGAGUGAGGAAAUGCUGUUGUACAUUUCUAGGGUGGGAAAAACUUCACCUUGCCUCUCCCAGCUCUCUUGGUUGCUGGUCUUUCACCUUGGGAUGUAACCAGCUGAGCUGUACCGGCUGGCAGAGGAGGUGCAGACCUGAAGGCAGUCACACGGUACGUUCAGAGCUGGCAGUGGUAAGGGCAUUUACACCUGGCACUUUGCUAAGUGACUAUCGUGACAUGGCACUCCCUGUUCUCCAGCUGAAUGCUUGACCAUAUUCUGAUAACGUGUUGAUACAACCAAAAAUUCCUCACUGCUCUGUCCCUUCUGCAGUCCUCAGCUGAGUCUGUUGGUGUUGAAACGUGGUAGUUUUGGAGUUGUCCAAGAAGGGACUAACUAGAAGAUGAGCACAUACAAGCAACCAGUAUACUUUGGUACACUGGAGAAAUAGAAUUUUAUUUUCCUACUUAAUACCGAUAGGACUGUUGCACUCGGCAUUAGCUAAAGUCAAAGCCAUAGUGCUCAGCUUCCAGCAGAAUUUUACCUUCUUGCCUCCCACUCACCCCGUAAAAUGUCCUGACAUGCGGCUGUGUUAGUUUGUGAAGCCUGUGCCUGCUGCUGUGUACUGCAGGGUGUAGAUGGCGAGUUAGGGUGACGCCAUGUGUGCGGACUGGAGGAGGAACACAGCCCUUCCUCGGCGGUGCUCUGCCCGCCGGCGCGGCUGCCUCCCAGGGCAAUGCCCAGAUCACGCCAAGGAAAGAAGAGCGUGCGCUUGGCCUUCCUCCUCCACCUGUGCCCACGGGGCCUGGCUGGCGCUGGCACAGAAGGUCCCCAGCUCUCCUGCGAGAGGAAUGUAUGAUGCUAAACUGGGGGCUGGGGGCGGGGGAUGAACAGGGGGAAGGUCGAUAAAUGAAAAAAAUUAUUUACUCCUGCCUCGUUGUGUGCGAUGCAGGAGAAACCCGUGACUCUGGUGUUCUGCUCUGGAAGCACACUUGUCGGGCAGCUGAAACUGCUGUGUCUUGGGCUUGUUUACUGGCAAAACGAGCGUGGGAUGAGGAGUUAGCAGAGCAGCCUUCCUAUCGAACUGCCGGAGCCCAGCACUCAUAUCAUUGCUGCAGAGCGAGAGAAACGCUGGCCUCCUCCGCAGUCCCUCCCUCUCGCUCGCGGCAGGUGGCAUCCAGUGCACUCUGUGCCCAGCGGGGCUCCAGCUGCUGCCUGCCGCGCUGGUACGGGCACGGAGCGGCACCGGGGUGCCGCCGCCGUAGUGCUGUGGCUGUAAGCGGUGACUCUGCACCGAGUAGUUCCGUGGCUGCCGGCUUUGAACAGUAGUGAUGUAAAGGGGUCUCGCGCUACGGACCAAAUGCUGCCACUUCCAUUACGGUAUCAACUCAGUGUUUGUCAGGGGAGCGCCUGGCUGAAACUUGUUAAGGCAUUAACUCUCCCAAAGGAGCUGCUCCUUCCAGCUGAUACUCUGGUAGCGAAUGGUUUAAGUUUACAGCUCACUGAAUUUUUGGUGUAUGCUGCUUAUUUUACCAAUGAGCAUGUGUGAAUGAAUAGUCACUAUCCAAGCUCUUGCUGGAUUCCUCAUCAUUCGUACCCUUCACCACUGUACUAUGUAGCAUUUCAUGCUAGAAACCAGAUGUUCUUAUCUCUUGAAAUAGAGGGUGUUAUAAACUUUACAGAAGAUGUCUAAGAUAAUGCAGUUCUAAUAUUUAUUGUGCUGUACCUGGCCCUGAAGUGUGACCAGUUCAAACAGUUUCAUAUAUAUUUUUGUCUUUUUUUUUGGUUUGUGUCUGUUUUCAGUGUUGAGAUUCUGAUGUUCACUGUGUCCUGCAAGUCCUCCCUCCACAGCUGUGGGAGGAAUUAAAAGAUGGGCAGAACCCCACCACCUACUUUAUCUUGUAUAUUUCAUAAUGUAUGUUGCUGGAAAUUGUGUAAAAAAAAAAAUAAUAAAAAAAUGUUGAAGUCAAUGAAAAUAAAAUUGAUUUAAAGUA